CCUAUUAUCUCCCUUGAUAUGAGCAUGCGCAAUUGAUAGCAUUCCUGACAACCACUGACCCACCAAACGGGAAAGGGAAAAAAAUCGAAAACGAUGGCUAAUAUACAAAUAAAAGAGGGCGAGUUUACCUCAACUAUUUAUGGAAUGAUUAGAGAUUCAAGGUUCAGUGAGGCAGUUCAGGUUUUAAAUAACCAGCUUCAAACUCAUCAGCGGUCAAGAGCAGCGUUGUCGCUGUUGGGAUACUGUUACUAUCAGAUGCAGGAUUUUGUGAACGCCUCAGACUGUUACGAGCAGCUGUCUAUGAUGCACCCUGAGAUUGAGGAAUACAAGCUGUACUACUCACAGGCGCUCUAUAAGGCUUGUCUGUAUGCAGAGGCUAUGAAAACAGCAUGUCAGAUUGACAACCCUGCAAGGCAAGGGGAGAUGGUGCAGAUGGGAACUUCUGAAUAUAAGGUGAUCAAACUUCAAGCUGCCAUUAAGUAUGGGGAAGAAGAUUUGCCUGGUGCUAAGAGUUUGGUUGAACAAUGUCCAACAGAUGAUCCGGACACAGAGAUCAACCUAGGCUGCCUUCUCUUUAAGGAGCAUCGUUUUGAGGAGGCAUGUAACAAGUUUACAACGGCUAUUCAGAUUCUGGGAUAUAAACCAGAUCUCUCGUACAAUAUUGCUCUAUGUCACUACAUGAUGAAGCAGUAUGCCCCAGCACUGAAACAUAUAGCUGAUAUCAUAGAGAAGGGAAUCCGGGAGCAUCCAGAAUUGAGUGUUGGUAUGACAACAGAGGGUAUAGAUGUUCGUAGUGUUGGAAACUCCCUCACAUUGCAUGAAACUGCCCUGGUAGAAGCCUUCAACCUGAAAGCAGCCAUUGAGUAUCAGCUGAAAAACUUUGAGGCAGCGUGUGAAGCAUUGACAGACAUGCCACCCAGAGGGGAAGAGGAGUUAGAUGCAGUCACCCUGCACAACCAGGCACUCAUGAACAUGGAUAAUGAUGCCACGCAAGGCUUUGAGAAACUCCAGUUUCUCCUGCAGCAGAAUCCAUUCCCACCUGAGACAUUUGGCAACCUGCUCAUUUUGUAUGUGAAAUAUGAGUACUAUGACCUAGCAGCUGAUGUGCUGGCAGAGAAUGCACACUUGACCUACAAGUACCUGUCUAGUUAUUUGUAUGACUUCCUUGAAGCCGUGAUAACCAGACAGACAUCCCCAGAGGAGGCAUACAGAAAACUGGAUGAGAUGGCCACCAAACAGACAGAGACACUGAGGAAACUUACUAAACAGGUACAAGAGGCUCGCCAGAACCAUGAUGAUGAGGCAGUGAAGAAAGCAGUCAAUGAGUAUGAUGAGGCCCUAGAAAGGUAUAUACCUAUCCUGAUGCAGCAGGCCAAGAUUUAUUGGGACAUGGAGAAUUAUCAACAAGUGGAGAAGAUUUUCCGUAAAUCCGUAGAAUUUUGUAACGAGCAUGACACCUGGAAACUGAACGUUGCGCAUGUGCUGUUCAUGCAGGAGAACAAAUACAAGGAAGCUACAGGAUUCUAUGAACCCAUAGUGAAGAAGAAUUAUGAUAAUAUCCUGAAUGUCAGUGCUAUUGUGUUAGCCAAUCUGUGUGUAGCUUACAUCAUGACCAGCCAGAAUGAAGAGGCUGAAGAAUUGAUGAGGAAGAUAGAAAAAGAAGAAGAGCAAGUGGCUUAUCAGGACCCUGAGAAGAAGAUCUACCAUCUGUGUAUAGUCAAUCUUGUCAUAGGGACUCUGUACUGUGCUAAGGGCAACUAUGAGUUUGGUAUAUCCCGAGUCAUCAAGAGUUUGGAGCCUUACAACAAGAAGCUUGGUACAGACACUUGGUACUAUGCCAAGCGAUGUUUCCUAUCCCUGAUUGAGAACAUGUCAAAACACAUGAUCAUGAUGCGAGACGCUGUUAUACAGGAAUGUAUACAGUUCCUAGAAUGCUGUGAAAUGUAUGGAAGGGAAGUGAAAGCCCUGAUUGAGCAGCCACUGGAGGCAGAGCCAAUGCAUCCUGGGAAGAACACAGUCACCUAUGAGUCUCGCCUUCUUAAAGGACUACUUCUACAGCUGAUAUAAGUGUAUAAAUAAAUAUAAAAAGACAUAAAACAAAUUGUGUAGAUAUAAUGCGUUUUGUGUGAGAUUUAUGUUAAAACAUAAUUAUAGUAACUGUCUUUCAUCGAGAAUUUCAAGCAUCCCGUAUAAUUUUUACAUUCUUGCUUUUCAAUUAUUUAUAUUUCUGAGUAGAUGUCUUUACAUGCAGGAGAUUCUCGUGAGUAAUUUCUAUUGAAGUGUUUUUCUCUCAGUUUUGUGUUACAUGUAAAAUUACACUAAUGUGUAAUAUAUUCACAUCCGUCCAAUUUAUGAUGACUGUUAUAAACUAUUUAUGAUGACUGUUGUAAUAUAAUCUGUUUAUACUACUAUAUUGGAAUAAAAUGUUGAAAAUAU